AUGCUCAUGUCUAGCGACCAUAUGAUCAUGAAGAUAAAGAUAAUCCUCUUUACGACGCUAUUGUGGUUACCCAUCCAAGGUAAAAUUAUAGGAGAGGUAGAUGGUGAGAUAAAACCUGUUUCCGUGUCAAUGACUAAAGCUAGCUCAAGUCAUGUGGCAAGUAAUGCUAUAGACAGGAAUACAAAUACUGUAGCUUACUCCCAGGGAUCUGACAGCUGGUAUUUUCCCGUGUCAGUGUACUCUGAGGAUGGAACAGUCCCGGACAAUGCUGCUUCUGAUUGCAUGAUAGGAGACACUGUUAAAUUUGAUGGGAGUCGUCACGGGGAUACUCAAGUAUAUGCACUAGUUAUCAUUGGGAGAGCACCUGAUUGUAGCACGCCCAUCAUUGAAAAAGGCACGGUAACCCCGGAUUCGGAAAUUUACUCGGGCGCCACAUUCAACGUGUUAUGCGACAACGGGUUCGUGAUAUCUGGAUCGUCAACAAUCACCUGUACGAACGGCGAGCUUUCCACAACUCCAACUUGUGUACCAGUGGCCACAGUGACAUGUGACGAAAAAGAAAUGAAGUUGACCCUUGCAGAGAAGAGCAGUUUUGAUACUAUUCGACUUAACGAAAAAGAUUGUGAAUUUACGGGAGAAGUUCAAGAGAUAAAAACGGAUUUAGAGAAAUGCGGAACAAAAACCUCUUUUAAUAGCACCCACGUCAUAUAUAAAAACCAGAUGACUGGCAUUACAAAGACAAUUGAUCCCACUAAUGGUAUUACUAGAGAAUUCAAAAUAGCAUUUGAGUGUUCUUAUAGUAGAACAGGUCAGAUUAUUAAGAUUUUCACAGAGCGACGGAGUAUGCAUCUUAUCAGGUUAAAGGAACUACCGUUGUGA